GAAUGGCUCAGCGUUUGCUGUAGUUGCUACAGGCGAAAGAUGCUGAGAGGAAGAGGGGGGAUAGGGAGGCGGAAGGAGGCCCCCUGUUCUGCUACGGAGAAACGUAGUUGCGUCCCUGAUCAACGCAUGCCUGGUUAAUGAUGCCGGCGAGACAGGGAGCCGACACGUGCCGCGUCGGCCGGACACGGCGGGGCGGACCGGAGGACCGCCCGCGGCUGGCGUCGCCUGGAAUAACACGAGGAAUUCAUGUCUAAUCCUAACCAACACCAGGCUGCUACUGCACCGUUCGUUUUACUGGCGUGGAGACGGAGAAGGAUAGGCGGGCCCCCGGCCCAUAUAAAAACCUCCGGCACAUGUUUCUCACGUGUUCCCGGCCCCCGGUCGCCGCCCUAAUAAGCCAUCCGCUGACUGACGGCUGAUCUCUCGCAGUCUCUUCGCUGUCCUCUUCCGGCUGCUGGCGGCGAAAUCGAGUUUUGGAUCGGAAACUGGCAACUGGGUUUGUUGCAACUCAUAUGAAUAGUCAUAUUCUUCGACAAUGACAUGAACAAAUGCAUUUGUGAGGUCAUAUUCUUGGAUAUCAGAUGGCAUGCUGUGCUUCUAUACCUUCUUGCACUCUACUACGGGUCCAAAGUAUAUGUUGUGAAACAGAACCUCUCUUUGUCAACAGAAGGAAUAUCUAUGCUAGGGUGUUAGGAAGUUGGCACCUCAGGAAAGUUGAUCUUAUUAGUCAGUUCAGAUUUUCUACACCAUUUUUGGCAAAUGUUUUUUUUGGUACAUCCUCAAAAACGGUUCAAUGCAUGAAGAAGAGCUCCCCUAAAUGUUUUGGUGUGGGGAUGCUGAUAACUCCUAAAAACAGUGUGGCAGACAAUUGGAUUCCUAUCGUUGACCAAAUGCUUCUAACAAUCAGUGUGAUCUUUGCAUACUUAGCUGGGGUAGUUCCAAAGGACAGGACAUUUCCUAAUGUAGGAAGCAACACAGCAGGCCCAUCUUAUGAUGCUGCAACGUCCAGCAAUGGUAGAUCAACUGAGUCUAUCUCAAACAAUUACUGGCAUGAAAUAAGCGGGAAACUUAUGGAUGCUUUGAGCACUAUCAAAGACGAUCAUGCUUUCAGUACCAAAGUUUAUGAAGAUCUUUAUUACAGCAAAAGGAGUCCCUUGAAUAUGUUUGCUAUUAAUGAAGGUCCUAGGUUGCGCUUGAUUUGGGUUACUUUACAGCAGCUGCAAAAUAAGGUCAAUGCUAUCCCAGAAAACAGUAAAUUUGUUACCCGUGAUGUCUGGUUAAAAAUUUCAUCAAAAAUUGUAACCGGAGUAAUUUUACCAGUUUGCACGGAAUGGCUCAGAGUAGAACACGACCUGGAAAUUGGAGAAUCCAAUGUGAAUCUACCUUCCAAAAUUAUUGGUAAAUUGAAGGAAGAUGACAGAAUAUUACAAAACAUAAAUAGAGUGGGCAAGAUUGAACUAUAUUCAGACCUGAUAUUCUUUCUUAGAUUUGGUUCACCCAGUCCUUGGUGCUGUUGUGAUAGUAAGCUUCUGCCACAACAUGGAGCUGAUAUUUUAGAAGACAUGAUCGUGAUGUUGGCUGAUACCAUAGCUAGCAUAUAUGUGGAAGUCAUCUCAAUUGACAGUGACAUUUUUACAGAGAUGAAUGUCUUUGGCUUAACUUUAUGUUCGAUGUCCACUAGAACACUUCAAAAGCUACGGAAUGAGGUUCUUCUGAACCAAUGGCUUCAGGAGAACUUCGAGUCUGUUAUCUCGAUGUAUGAGGAUCGUUUUGAGUUGCACAUCCUGCAGAGAGAACUUUUUGACAAUCCAGAACACAAGGAAAGCAGUAACCUUACUUGGUGGAAGAAUCUUCCAUUCAAAAAGUCAGCAGUUCCAUCACUUGUGCCGUAUGUCUGUAUCAGCCAAUUUUCCCUGCCAGUAAAACGGAUGAAAGAAUUAAGAGCCUUAACUGGAUGGAGGUACUGCUUCAGCUUGUAUCUUGAGUUUUGCGACAUCAGCAUGCCCUUCUUUCGAGCUGCUUUCAACAAGUUAGUCGAUAACCUACGAACCAUUUGGCUGAAUGACCAAUGAUCUUAUCCGAAGGCGCGAAGUUAGAAAGUCGGGGAGGUGACAGUUCCACUGACGGGAUGAAGACAUCGCUCCUCUCUGCAAAAUAAAAUCAAAAUCAGGGAAGGGAUCCCUGGCGUUGGUCCUCUGACACUCAAGUCAGAAACAGAAGACGGAAAAUGGAAAAUGAUAGAGACGAAGAUUCU